GGCAUUGUCUUUCUUUUUAGCGAGUCUUUUGCAUAUUGGGGAUACCCUGCCUCGUCGCGCCUCUGGUCUUUUGUAGAUGCAGGGAGAAUAUGGAGGCAGAUAUGACAAUUCUGAAGAAUGAAAAGAAACGGUGACUUCACCGCCUCGUAAGAUGAAUGUCAGGUGCACCGCAGUGGUGCCCAGGAUUACGAAUAAUAUCGCGUUUCAUUUCUUCUCUCGUGAAGCUCUAAUUUAAUUUUCAUUUAAAUAUAAAUGACAGCCCGCGUGCGUUAACAGGAGAAGCAUGCGACCGCCGAUCGGUCAGACACUGGCAGUUUAUUUUCCAUGUCAUCUGAUACGUGAUCGGCGAAGGAAAAGCGGGUCUGCUUGAUGUGGCUUGAUGGAGACCGAGUGAGGCUGGCCGUGUUGUGGAUGCACAGAUGGCGAAUACAAGCGAGCCGGGGCAAAGCGCCCCAUCGCUGCAGAAUUACGCCGCUACCGCGUCCGCGGUGAAGCUCGCUUCUCUGGGGCUGAUCAUCUGCAUGAGCCUGGCGGGGAACCUACUGAUAUCCUUCCUGGUGCUGAAAGACAGAAGUCUGCACAGAGCUCCCUAUUACUUCCUUCUAGAUUUGUGCUUGGCAGAUAUAGUGAGGUCUGUCGUGUGCUUCCCGUUCGUGAUGGUAUCCAUCAGCAGCGGCUCCAGCUGGACCUACAGCGUAAUAAGCUGCAAGAUCAUCGCCUUCAUCGCGGUGCUCUUCUGUUUCCACGUAGCUUUUAUGCUUUUCUGCAUCAGUGUGACUCGAUAUAUGGCAAUCGCACACCACAGGUUUUAUUCUAAACGGAUGACAUUUUGGACUUGCGUGGCCGUCAUCUGCAUGGUUUGGACCCUCUCUGUUGCAAUGGCGUUCCCCCCAGUCUUCGACGUGGGCACCUACAAAUUCAUAAGGGAGGAAGAGCAGUGCAUCUUCGAGCACCGAUACGUGAAGGCGAACGACACGCUGGGCUUCAUGUUAAUGCUGGUGGUCAUCGUGGGUACCACGCACGUUGUUUACGUGAAGAUGCUGUUUUUCGUUUACGACCACCGCAAGAUGAAGCCUGCCCAGCUGGUCCCGGCCAUAAGCCAGAACUGGACUUUCCAUGGACCCGGUGCCACCGGGCAAGCGGCGGCCAACUGGAUCGCGGGGUUCGGACGUGGGCCCACGCCGCCGACCCUGGUGGGCAUCAGGCAGGCGUCGCACAAUCCCAGCAAGCGGCUUCUCGUCUUGGAUGAAUUCAAAAUGGAAAAGAGGAUCGGCAAGAUGUUCUACAUGAUCACACUGGGCUUUUUCCUGCUGUGGGCUCCCUACAUCGUGGCGUGUUAUCUCCGAGUGUUUGUGAAAGCCGGCACCAUACCGCAGGUCUACCUGACUGCGGCGGUCUGGAUGACGUUUGCGCAGGCGGCAGUGAAUCCUAUUAUAUGCUUUAUAUUUAACAAGGAACUGAGGGUGCGCUUCAGAACGCGGUUCCCAUGCUGUCUCAGCACACAGACCCCCAUGGAGCCCUAUUGUGUCAUCUAGACCUUCUGCGGUGCCUCCCUUGACUUUUUACUGGAGCACUUUUAGAGGUUUUAUUUCGCGGUAUGAAAGUAAUGGACGGACCAGUAUACAUUCUUUUUGUAUUUAUUUAAUAAUGUUAGUCAUGGUGAAGUUUCUUCCUGACUGGGCGUCACUGAAUUUGAAUUUCUCUGGGUUAUUGCUCUGACAGAAUUCCUUGCAAUAGCUCCUGGCGUGGGAAAACCAUGUUUUUGUAAAGAUUUGUAUGCAUAUAUAUAUUUACCCAGUGACAGCACCAAAUGAUAAUCUCAUAAGGAAGGUUUCUCUCAAAAGUGUGCGUCAUUUCCGUGUAGGGUUUUAUUGUUGGUGUAAAUGCUAAAGACUAAAUCUUUGCUUUCGUUAUUAUUUUUUCUCAGCUGGUGGGGGAAACAGUAAUGUUUGGCUAAUGUUCGACAAGUCCGGCCCUUUGUGUGGAUAGACUUACAGUCAAAUCAAAUUUCACUUUUUGUGGCAGUUAAUAUAAUGUAUGGAUUUUGGAAAUGUAUUUGAAACGUUUCUUUCCAUAUUCUCUUGAAAUAAUGUAAAAUUUUGAUGAUGAAACAGUUCAUAUUAUAAUGGCCUGUGUGCUGUUAAAAAUGUUUGCAUUGUUUGUACUCAAAAUAAAUCAUUACAAGUGAUUGGA